CUGCAAUGAAAAAUUACACUUCUAUUUUCUUUCCUAAAGGGAAAAAGGAAGAAUGCAACAAAACUGAAGUGUGUUCUGUCAUGUUCCUGAACCAUAGCCGUAAGAGCCCUCCCCAGCCCUACCCAAACCAGCCUACUCCCUCCCAAGAGCUCACAGCUGCAGGACUAGAGUCAGAUGUGCCCUGGCAAUAAGGCCUUCAUCCAUGGAGAAGCCCCUCACCAUCCUGCGGGUGAGCCUGUACCACCCCACGCUGGGCCCAUCUGCCUUUGCCAAUGUGCCACCACGGCUGCAGCAUGACACCAGCCCUCUGUUGCUCGGACGGGGGCAGGACGCCCACCUCCAGCUGCAGCUCCCCCACCUCUCCCGUCGUCACCUGUCCCUGGAGCCCUACCUGGAGAAAGGCAGUGCCAUGUUGGCCUUCUGCCUCAAGGUCCUGAGCCGCAAGGGCUGUGUGUGGGUCAAUGGGCUGACGCUGAGGUACCUGGAGCAGGUCACCCUGAGUACCGUCAACAGGCUCUCCUUCUCAGGCAUCCAGAUGCUGGUUCGCGUAGAAGAAGGCACAUCCCUGGAGGCCUUUGUCUGCUAUUUCCAUGUCAGCCCUUCACCCCUGAUUUACAGACCUGAGGCUGAGGAAACUGACGAAUGGGAAGGCAUCUCCCAGGAGCAGCCUCCCCCUGGUUCAGGGCAGCAGACUUCAGGUUGCCUGGGGUUUCUCCACGGCCCUUCCCAGACUUGGGACAGCCCUCCCCAGCCAAGACCUGGAGGAGGAACAGAAAUACAGCUCCAGAGGGAACUCCCAGACAGUACACUCUGCUAGCCCUGCCACUAGAGCAAGUCUUUGCUAGAUGAAACAGGACUUGAAGUAUUUGAACUACAUCAUGCAAGCUUGACAAGCAAAACCCGCUGGCUGCCUUGCUCAUAAUGAACCAAUUCUGCAAACACUGAACAAACAGUCCGGGGUGGAGCACCCUCUGUGGCCAGAGUUAUGCAAAGUAAUGGGAACUUCAUAUACUUUUAGAGGCCCUGAGGGGUUCUGGGGAGCCUCUCUCAGCAUUUCCACACAUUUCCCCCUCUUGUCUGACUAGGAGUUACUUUAUGUGGUUCAUUUUGCGUGCUGCUUAAGAGCGGGAGUUUGAGGUUGCACCAGGAAUGCGUGGACACAUGUAACAAUUACAUUUGUGGUAGCUUGGUGUUACCUUCAGCUUUCAAAUACCCACAGGCACGCGGGGCUUAGGAAAGCCUGAGUUUAAUAAACUGCAAGUAUUUCAUUAA